GAAAGUGAGCGAGUCUAAAGCAGCUGAUGUUUACUCUGAAGUGAGAGAGGAGCAGUUUUCUCUCACAGACUGAUUCUGCAAAAGACAGGAGACUGUUUGACCCUCUGUUCUCCCACUGAACCUCAUCAGACGCGCUGAGAAGUGAAGCCUCAUGUCUGAAAGGCUCUGUCGGUUUAUUUCCAUACAUAUAGAGUAAGGGACCUCCAUUACGGAAUGAGAGGCCUCACCAACUACCAUCUGUCCUGCUGCGUGAACACUUUACUGCAGACCCUCUCUGCUACCUGGGAAGUAGCAGAUGUGCUAGAAAGGUGGGAGACAGGUGGUGUGAGAGGGGACAGUCACAGUGUCCCUCUGCAGUUAAAGAAUGUUCUUGCAGCCAUGAGGAGCGACUCUCCUCAGCACGUUCCCCAUCGAGACUUCCUUCACUGUCUGGACAGAAACUGCGUCCGACUUAAUACACAGCAUGAUGCUGACGAGGUGUUCCUCUCCAUUCUGAACUUUGUGCAACAGCAGAUGGACGACAAAACACUGGCUCUUGAAAUCCAGGAUCUGUACAAGAUUUCUGUGGAGACGCACCUGCGGUGUUUGGACUGCAGCUCUGUCCAGACUCGGAGCAGCUACCUGCUCAGCCUGCCUCUGCACAUAAAGGAAGAUCACAACUCUCUGGAAAGCUGCAUAUCCUCGUUCUUAGAGGAGCAGGAGCUAAGGGACAUAAAUCGCUGCUUUUGUGCCCAAUGUGGAACCAAGACUCCAUCCAAACAGGGGGUCAAGCUGCUCUCCUUGCCUCAUAUCUUGUGCGUGCACCUGAAACGGUUUCGAAGUAGUCGUGUUUACACCCGGAAACUUGAUUGCAGGGUUUCUUUUCCAGAAACCUUUGAUUUCUCUGAGAUUGUUCGAGAUGCCUUCUCCACUGACUUUGCCCAGAAUGAGUGCAAGUACACUUUGUAUGCAGUGGUGGUGCACUCUGGUUACGCAAUGUAUGGGCACUAUACUGCCUUCAUUCGUCAUAGGACCAACCAGCGCUGGUUCUAUGCAGAUGACAGCCACAUACAACAGGCCUCCUGGGAAGAAGUGCAGAAAACAUAUGGAGGACGUUACAGCGACACAGCGUACAUGUUAAUGUACAGAAGAGGUUCGAAGGAGGGGGGGCAACAACCUGAAUUAUCCAGCUGAGUGUUUGGAUGCAGAUUAAUUAAUCAGGGGUCAAGGUGCAAUACAGGAUCAAUAUGAAAUACAUAGGAAUUUAAGGAAGUGAAACACUAAUUUGCUUGAAAUAAUGGAUUGCAGUUUUUGAUUUUAUGGUGAAUGGUUUUAUAUUUAAUAUUUUCAUGACCUCGUAAGGUUCAUUAAGGAACUAAUACUUACACCAGCACAGUAACUUCUACACAACAACAGUAGGUGGCGUUCAAGACUCAAAACACCAAAGGGUUUUCCACUCUCAGACCACACACAAUGUGCUCAGGCUCAGCAAUACUGGGGGGUUGGUUUGAAGAGAAUGUUUAGCUUAGAUAUUCACUGUUUGGGGGGAAAUACCUGCAAUAAGACUCAGUGUUCAUUUUCCUGACACUGCUAUAUAAGAUAUGAGUCAUUCAUGAAGAACAAUGAAGUCAUUUUUUCUCAUUUGUGCUGCCAAAACUACCAACAGCAAAAAAAAAAAAAAAAAAAAAAAAAAAAAAAAAUCUCUUUCAUUAUCUCACUCUGAUUUUAUGUAUUGCAUUUUCUCACUACCUGCAGGCCCUUUACCUGCUAUUACAAAUCUGAUUUCUAAAGACA